AUGGCAAAAGAUAUCAGAGUACUUGCGAUUUUAAGCUCAAAUGCGAUAAGAACAACCCGUGCAAGGGUAAUGCAUGCUAUUCCAAUUUGCAGCAAGGAUAACUAUGUUGCUGGGUGCGACGCAAAGGCCGAGUAUGAUCCUAGUGGCUUUAGGUCUAGCUUCGCCAACUAUACCAAGUGCCCACUCAACGUCUAUUAUUCUAAGUAUAGCUACUAUGGGACGACUAAGGAUUUCUGCGGCAAGAAGACUAUGAACCGUCUAUCUUGCUCCUCCAAGAGUAGCCCAAUAAGACGAGUAUUCAGGCCCUCAAAUAUCCCAGAUAGCAUCUAUACCCAUAUCAAUUUUGCUUUCGCAAGUAUUAAUCCAAAGACCUUUCAAAUCAUUCUAAUAUCUAGCAACGACCCGGCGCUUUACCGCGAGUUAAUACGCAAGAAAGAGAUUAAUCCUAAUUUAAAGGCCAACCAGAGGACUUUCAUUAAGUCUCUCAUAUUAUUCAUAGCCACUUAUGGCUUUAACGAGGACGAGAAGAGGAUUAUAACAAUCUUCCUAACGCACUUUAAUCUCGAAAAGAUAUCUAAGUAUAUUGACUACUUCAAUUUCAUAAUAUAUAAUUUCCACGUGCCAUUACUGACUAUCUCUUCGCAGAUAAAGGACGCUUUUGAUCUACUCUGGCGGAAUAAGAUCGAUCCUAAUCAAGUCAACAUAGGACUCGCAUUCUAUGCAUAUACUUUUUCUAUCUCCAACCCUGGCUGCAUGUCUCCUGGCUGUCUGUUUGAUGCCGGCGGCUCUGCAGAGCCCUACACCAACGCUGUUGGUGUCAUGUCCAACCCUGAGAUCAUGGGCAAGUUGGUUCGCAAGAGUCAAGGCGAGCUAGACAAGACUGCUGCCAGCAAGAUUCUCAAAUUUGGCCAUACAUAG